AUGGCGGAAGAGUCGCCCGCGGCGGGUCCUCCGCCGGACGAGAAGACAGAGAAGAGGAAGAAGCAGGCGAAGCGGAGCCGUGGCCGCGAGCGUGGUGGGAAGGAAAGAGGACCCAAGUCGCUAGCCUGGAGGAAGUCACUCCCCGACGAGGACGAGGAUCCUUUCGCUCUUGUCACCGGCGGAGAAGGAGGUUUGUUCUCUCUCCCAUUGUUUCUGGGGCACCCGGACGGGGGAAGAAAUUCGUCUCUCGUUUUUCUCUCGAACUGAACGGCUGCGGCGUUUUUAGGUUUCCUCUCUCUGGAGGAGAUUGACGAGUCGGAGUAUGGACUCAUUGGCGGGAAUCCUGAACCGACCCAGGAGAACAAGAUUUCUUCUUCUAACCAGAAGAAGCGGAAGCUUGGGAGCGGCGGUCGCAGUGAGGGUGAAGAGGAGUCUGGCAUCGAGGAGGACGGGGAAUCGAAGAAGGUGGCCAAGAAGAAGCCGAGGAAGAAGAAGGCGAAAACGAAGACUAGCAAGGAAAAUCACGAGAGCAAAGCGGCUUGUGUCGAGCGAAUUCCGGAAGGUAAAAGCAAUCAUCUAUUUUCUUCGUCGCGUAUACUUGAAGAAGCUCGCCUUCCUUUUGUGAUCCAUAGGAUGUCUUCUGACAUUGCAUUUCAGCCCUCACUCGCAUCAGUCUCGCUCCACACCCACACCCUCCCGUUUAUCUCUUUCUAGGAUUCAGUGUUUUGGGGAGAAUGAAAUAAACUCUCUACUGACCGCACAAAUUACUGUAAUUUCAGUGAAUUAAACUCCCGAAAGUAGAGAAAAAAAAAUAUUUUUCUUAGUGGUUGCUCUUGUUCCUGCUGGUAUCACCGGGUUUUACUGCUUCACGACGCAGAAAAUAUAUCAUUCCUUCCUGAAUUUGAUAAAUUUGCCUCACUACCCAUUCAGGCGUUGCUUCAGCGGAGGGUUCAGAGAUAACCGACAUGGAAGAUGACAGCAAGGGGGAGUUUGUAUUUAAAAAUGAUGAAUAUCGUGCUUGGAAGAAGAUGAAGCUGCAUCCUCUGCUCAUGAGGUCAAUUCGAAGACUUGGGUUCAAGGAACCUACGCCCAUCCAAAAAGCCUGCAUUCCAGUCGCUGCCCACCAAGGAAAGGUUGAUUCCCUCCCUCGAACGGUUCCUUAUUGUUUUAGAAGGGAAAUAGUCGGAGCUAUCGACCUUCUCUCCACUUGCAACGCAGAAGAUGAUGACAGCAACCCAUAAAAUGCAUGAGAAUUCCUGACAAAACUUCUCAACAGGAUGUUAUUGGUGCGGCAGAGACAGGAUCUGGGAAGACGCUUGCUUUUGGUUUGCCCAUCCUGCAAUGCCUCUUGAAAGAACGUGACAAGGCUGCCAGGUUAUCUGGGGAAGACCAAGAUGGUAGCAAGGAAGGCAUCCACGGAGGUCCUCUUCGGGCCCUUAUUCUUGCUCCUACAAGGGAACUCUCCUUGCAGGUAUGUAUGAACCGGGUGGCUUAAAAAUGAUCAACAUUUCUUUUUGCGGUAACAGGCAAAAGGAAAGAAAGGGCUCAAACAUUGAAAACACUUAUUUCGUCUGGAGAAGGAAAGAAGCGCAUUGAAUCUUAUGCAAAUCUACAAUUAGCCCGCUUUGUGGUUCAUUAGAGGUUAUUUUUAUCUCAUUACAGGAAUCCUCAUUCCUCGGCAUGCAAUAACUAAACUUGAUGAAAAUGGAAAAUUUCAUUGUAAUUUUAUUUGCCUUCAGAGUUUAACUGUUUAAAACCUCGGGGUUUCGAUACAAACUCCCAAUUUUAAUAUUUAUUUAAUGUUGUACUUGUUUUUUGGGCCAUUUAAUUGCUUAGGUUUGUGAUCAUCUUAAGGAGGCAGCCAAUCUCACCAGUAUUAGAGUUGUCCCUAUUGUCGGUGGCAUGUCCACUGAAAAGCAACAGAGACUGCUGAAAAAUAAGCCUGCUAUAAUUGUUGGAACUCCAGGAAGGUUAUGGGAACUUAUGUCAGGUGGAGAACAUCACCUUGUCGAGGUUCGAACUUGUAGUGGUGCAAUUUUGUUUGUCCAGUUGUUGCUUUCCUUCCCAUAUUUUGGUUGUGACAUUUGUAUUUUUCUCCGAUGCAGCUGAACUCAUUAUCCUUCUUUGUGUUGGAUGAGGCUGAUCGGAUGAUAGAGAAUGGCCAUUUCAAUGAAUUACAGUCAAUCAUUGACAUGCUCCCUUCUAGUAGUGGCUCUGUUGAACCAGGUGAUACAUCAUUGGGAAAGAAAAGGCAGACAUUUGUCUUCUCCGCAACAAUAUCUCUAUCUAAUAAUUUCCACAAAAAACUGAAGCGUGGAUUUCUCAAAGCAAAGUCGGGUUCUUCUGAUGACCUGAGUUCGAUUGAAAAACUCUCUGAGCGCGCAGGAAUGAGGCCUGAUGUUGAAGUUGUUGAUUUGACAAAUGCGUCCAUUGUAGCUAAUAAGCUUGAAGAGUCAUUCAUCGAGUAUUCCUCUUCCCGGAAAUUCAUCUUUUAGUUCGGAGAUACUUUGUUUUCUGUUUGUCUUCUGCUGCACUUUAUGUUCCCUGAUGAAUAUACUUUUUUAAAAUAUUUGUAAGAUAGAAUCAAUAAAAUCCAAUGGAAUUUUGAUCAGGAUUACAAUUUUCAGCUAAUUUAGAGCCACACAAAGCAUCUUUAAAUUGGAUCCCGUGGAAUCUAGAUUCUUUCAUGACUGAUAGAUCCCAUUUGUGCUGUUCUACAUUUUGUCCCUUAACUUUUUAUGUCUUUGAAAGCAUAUCCCAUUAUCACCUGAAAGAAAAAUAAAUGAAGUUUUCUCAGACUAUGUUGCUUGCUCAUGAUUAGUUUGAGUAGGACUUGAGUUCAUGUUACUCAGAAAGUUGUCUAAUCUGAUUUUCUUUUGGAAGAAGAGGAGAUGAUCGGACCCCUGGCAUAUCUAAGAAGGCACCAAUGGAUCCGAAAUGUACCAAACAAGUUAAUCUGUGUGAUGGAAGUUUCCACUUAAGAAGAUAAUUGCAUUAGAUUUAUGCUUACUUGGUGCAAGAAAAAUCAUUAAACCCUUGGAAAUAAACAAAAGUUCUUGUCACUGAUCCGAGCAUAAGUCAAUACGAGGUUCUCUUAUUUCCACAGGUCGAUUCUUUGCAAAAUGGUAACAUGGAAAGAUGGUCCUUUUGCAUUCCUUUAGAUAUCGGUAUAGAUGAUUUAUGAUGGUGGAUUCCUAUUGCGAGGAAGUAAUUGUUGGAUGUUGGUAUCCUCGUUGCCUAAACGUCCUCUUGUGUCCUCAAGAAACUGUACUCAAUUCUGAAUGUAGAUAGCCAUACGAUAUUCUCUUAUUUGCUGCAGGCUGAUUCUUAUACUGUUGCAGAUAUUGGUAAUUGCUGGCAGACGUACCUUUUUAAUUCAAUGGCCUUAUGGGUUACUGAUUUUCAGGUGCAAUGAUGAUAAUAAAGAAGCAUAUUUAUACUAUAUUUUAAGUGUUCACGGUCACGGCAGAACCAUAGUUUUCUGUACUUCUAUUGCUGCUCUCCGCCGAAUUUCUUCUUUAUUACGCAUCUUGGGCAUCAGAAUGUGGACUCUUCAUGCCCAGAUGCAACAGAGAGCACGUCUCAAGGUAAAAUUUACAUGUCCCUAAUAAUUGUUAUUUCGCGAGAUUGUUUAUAUUGUUUAUGCAAUAUAAUAAGAAACUUAAACUGGACGAACUAAUCUCAAGUAUUUAAGAGUAAUGCUGCAUCAGGUAUAUUUCUGAGUUUAUUCUCUAUGUUAAUUUCAUAUCUUUCAGCUGAGAUGUUAAAAGACAUAGCUUUGACCUGCAUCUUUUUUAUCAGGCAAUCGAUCGGUUUCGUGAAAGUGACGAUGGGGUUCUGGUUGCCACUGAUGUUGCCGCAAGAGGGCUCGAUAUUCCUGGAGUUAGAACCGUCAUCCAUUUUCAACUCCCUCAUUCUGCGGAUGUAAGCAGUGCAAUUUAAUGGUCGGCCACCCCACUCCUUUGUCCUUCAUCUUAUACUCUUGUUUCAGGUUUAUAUACACCGAAGUGGAAGGACUGCCAGAGCUUCUGCCGAUGGGUGCUGCAUUGCAUUGAUUUCCCCUGCAGACAAGACAAAAUUCUUUUCUUUGUGCAAGUCCCUGUCAAAGGUCAGUUCACCAGCCACUAACUGGUUGUUUUUAAAUUUUUUUUUUUUAUUAGUAUGGUUGCAUUGAAUAAUUGUGCAAUUAAGUGUUCUGAAAGUUUGGGUCGUCGUGACCAUUAAAUAUAAAUAUAUUUCUUCAUAUGCAAAGGAAAACCUGCACAAGUUUCCGUUGGUUGACUCAUACAUGCUUGAGGUAAUGAAGAGAUUGUCUCUUUCCCGCCAAAUAGACAAGAUGAUGCGGAUCAACUCCCGGGUAAUUUAACUUUUUUCUUUUCGAAUAAACUGGAUAACUUUAUAUUUAAAUGUUCUGAACGCUUGGAUCUUCAUGAAUAUUCUGCUUACGUGCUUUUAACAUUGUUUAGGAGAAUGCAAGCAAGAGCUGGUUCGAGAGAAGUGCAGAAGCAGUGGAGUUAAUGGCGGAUGACAGUGGAAGUGAGGAAGAGACAGUACAGAGCAAUCGGAAGAGAAAAGUCAACUCUGCCCAUUUGCAGAAAUUACAGCAGGUUCUGUCUUGUAUCUGUCAUCUAUUUGUGGGGAAUAAAUAAAUAAAUCAAUCUCUUGUAUUUAUUGAACGUUUUUAAUUAUCUAGCCAUUCUAAAUUCAGGAGUUGAAUUCCCAUUUGGCCAAACCAUUGCAACCAAGGACUCUCUCCCAUCGCUUCCUGGCGGGGGUACGUUUUCAUCUCAUAAUCUUAUCCCUCUAGUGACUAAUUUCUUGUCUAGAGUACCUCAAAAGAGCUAUUUUUUCUUAUUGACCCCCCAUCCCUGUAUCAUAAAGCUUCACGUGCAAGCUUUAUGUAUGAAAAGAAAAUAUUAUUCUAUAUGUGGUUUUUUUAUUCUUCAAUGAUAACGCUUAUUUGUCUCUCUAAAUUAAUGUUUUUUCUUAUUGUUUGUCUGUUUCAGGCUGGACUUUCGCCCCUCCUUCAGCAGCAGCUUGUAGAGUUUUCAAAGAAGCGGGGAGAGGCCGACGGUUCCAAGGGCAAGUCCAGAGCCAAGCUUGUGGUCAUUGGUCAGGAUCGUGUUGAGCCGCUUGCAGCGCUUCGAAACUCUGGGCAACAGGUAGUCUCUCAUCCCUCUGUCGGGCUUCUGAAAUUCGACUCUUUGGGGCUGUCAGUGGAUCAGCUAAUCCUGGAAAGAAAAUAGGGGAAUCCGUUGACAGCCUACUGUCACCCAUGUUGCAUCAUCCUGUCUGUCUGUUUGUCUGUCUCUUGAUUCUAUCAUGCGAGUGGAACUAUUCGAGGCGCCUGUCUCUGUCUUGAUCGUACCAUGUAUCAUGGGAUCUGCUCAUUUUAUGGGUGAUAUCUGCCGCUCUCUCUCUCUUUUCCGCACUGGAGAGCUAUUUUGUUCAUGGUCUCUGGUAGUCCUGCGAUAGAAAAGAGCUACGUGGGCCUUUGUGUUUUCUAUUUUCGUCUUGAAUCUCUCUCUCUUUCUCUCCAUUUGCGCCUGUUCUUAUUUCCUGUUCUCGGCAGAUUUGUGUCGACACUGGGAAGUGGAAGGAAACGAGGAGGUUGGCAGAGGACUCGAGGAGGAAUAGAAGGGAGGAGAAGAAGCGUAUGCCCACUUCCUUCUCAUCUUUGCCCUCGUCAUUUUUCUGGGUAUUAUUUAUAUAUCAUCCUUGUUUAUAAUUUUUCAUCAAAUCCCUCCCCUCUCUCUUUCUCUCGCCAGGUGAGCGAGAGCAGCGGAGGAAGAACAAGAGAAAAAUGGAGAAAAAUAAGUAA